AUUUAUAACAUCACGCUACAGCAAGUGAAAAAUCAACUCAGGCUAGUGGCAACAGCAGGAUACGAAUUAACAAACUAAAAUAAAACAUAGACCGUAAAGCCGGGAAAGCCGAAAAAGAGAGAAAAUCAGAGGAAGGAACAAGAGAGUGAAAAAGAGAGAGAGAGAAAGGACAUGCCGGAAAGAGCGUGUGAUGAAAACGGGACGCGCUCAAGAGGGAAGUAUUAUCCGGCACGAGUAACCAGCGGAGACCUUCACCGAGACCGAGAUAGGUCGACAUUGCCCCUGUGCGCCGUGUGCUCGUUGCACCCCGCCCUACAAACAGCAGCGGCAGGUAGGAGAACCAGCCGUCAUAAGCAACAGCGGCAGCAGCGGCAGCGAAAACAGCAGCAAUAGCAACCCCUGCCGUCUCACGGUAUAAAGAGGACGCCGUCACCACCACUACCCCUGUCAUCAUCAUCACCACUACGCCACAAUCCCUCCUACCUACUGCGCUCACUUUGGCCUAGAGGAAUAGCCUUGCUCCUAUAUGACAAUUCGAUGAGGGUGAGGUGCCGACCGUGGCAACGGGGGAUGCACGAGGGUCAAGAAGAGUAUGGAGGCGAGGGGACGGACGGAGAUACGGCGAGGGGGAUGAACGCAGGCGCGAACGCAGACGCAAUAGGCGGACAAAACGGCGCCGAGCAUUCCGGCGACGCCAGACAACGCGGCACAAUCGAGACGUGAUAAUCGCCGUGGGAUUGAAGAGGAAUUAAGAUAGAGAGAGAAAAAAAAUUAUCAUCGUGUGUCUAUCCCCUUGACACGAUCAGUCCGCAGCAUCCGGCGUGCAUCAAGGAUGGGAAUCGUAAAGACGGCCUCGGAGAGCAUCCUAGAGGAGACAGUUGUGCCGAGUGAGGAAGCGAAUUACUCGCUGCAGGGUCACGCCGAGGAAUGGAGCGAAAAUUUUCCCUAUCAGCUAUUGAUAGCGGCAGGAGUGGCCCUAGUUGGUCUACUUCUCUUAGCUGCGGUGAGUUUCCAAUGCUCUUCCACUUGGCGAUGGUUGAUAAACAUGACUCGACAUGAGAAUAUCGAAGAUACUGGGACCGAUCAAACUCAACAAAAUGCGAUCCGAAUCAGCCAUUCUCUUCCAGACCUACAAUCGGAACCGAUCACUCACGAAUAUGUUCAGGAGCAAAAAGAGAAUAAGAAGGUGUUGCGUCAAACCACUCUGCCCAUCGUACCAAUGAGACAUCAAAGUUUUCAACGUCAGCUAUCGCAUCGCCUUGAUUUGCCUAACAUUAAGUUCAGUAUUUGCAGCUUGGAAAAUCGCAGCGAUUCUAGCCUUGGUCUUAUUAAGCCGGAAUUAUAUAAAAAAGAGCUCGUGAGACAGGAGAGUGCUGAAAGCUCUAGUACAACAGAGAUGGAAUACGCCGGAAAGCUACAUUUCGCUCUUCGCUAUGACAAGGAAAUCGAAGGACUCGUUGUUAAAGUUCUGGAAGCUCGUGAAUUGCCAAUAAAAGAUGUAACAGGCAGCAGUGAUCCGUACAUCAAAGUGUAUCUCUUACCAGAUCGAAAGAAAAAAUUCCAAACAAAAGUACAUCGAAAGAAUUUGAACCCGAUAUUCAAUGAAACGUUCAUCUAUAGCGUGUCAUAUGAAGAACUACGAGAACGUUAUAUACAAUUCUCGGUCUACGAUUUUGAUCGCUUUUCACGUCACGAUCUCAUUGGACAAGUAGUUCUUAAAGGACUUUUAGAUUGCACCGAUCUUGAACAAGAAAUUGAAUAUACGAUGGAUAUUCUCUGCGCCUUACAGGAAAAAGUAGAUCUAGGAGAAUUGAUGUUGUCAUUGUGCUAUUUACCAACAGCCGGUCGAUUGACAUUAACCGUGGUCAAAGCCAGAAAUCUUAAAGCGAUGGAUAUAACAGGCAAAUCAGAUCCUUACGUGAAAGUUUACCUGCUAUGCCAAGGUAAAAGGAUAAAGAAAAAAAAGACGACAGUCAAGAAGAAUACUCUUUAUCCUAUCUAUAAUGAGGCACUUGUCUUUGAUGUUCCGGCGGAUAACAUCGAGGAUGUCAGUCUGAUAGUGAAAGUGAUCGAUUACGAUAGGAUUGGUUCGAAUGAACUGAUGGGAUGUACGGCAAUUGGAUCGAGCUUCAUUGGGAUCGGUCGAGAUCACUGGCUAGAGAUGUUGGAUAAUCCGAGAAAACCGGUAGCGCAAUGGUAUCCAUUGAUGGAGACCAUAUCUGGCCAUAUUCCAGCCAUGGAUUCGGACGCACUUCCAAUAAGCUUGAGCUGCUUAAACAGAUGAAGACAAAAGACGGAAAAUAAAUAUUGCGGGAGCUCGCAAAUAUUAUCGGACGUCGGCUUGGACAUUGUCUCCUUCUGUCGUCAUUUAAUGCACAUCGCUUGACUGACUUAAGUACAAUCUCUGUCUCAAAAGGCCGGAAGGCGAAUUCUGUGCUUUGUAACCUUACCUCGUGCAGCAGGCAUAAAAUAAUAAACGAUCCAAUGUAGUAGAAAGCUCGAUAAUAUGCGAAACAUACGUUGCUCAAUUCCAACGAUCUGAUGAUGAUCGUGACGGAAACGAGAUCAAUUUGCAUUGCUUUAUCUUUCUAUCGUGAUAAUAUGCUCGCGAUUGGGUGCAGGCUGGUCCCGCACCAUUUUAAACACAAGUUGUAUUCACAAUAGAAUCCCGUAGAAUUCCCUGUUAUACGUGAUGUUGAGCAUGACGAUAGCUUAAAUGUUUUUAGAUUAAUACGAGAAAUCAGAUAUACAUAAGUAUACAUACAGAUAUUUUAUAGAAAAUACAUAAAUGCGAGGACAUAUAAGGCCUUACCCUCGAUAAAGGCGAGACCGAAAGAGCGCAGGCAAGAUUCAGAUGACAGAUCAUUAACUGCAUUAGCAGCAAAGUACAAGUACUGAAUAUCGAUAGUAUUUCUAAGAUAGUACAGAUACUGAACGCGCGCGUUGGAUCUCUACAUGCAUCGUUUAUUAUUUCACGCUCGCUAGAAUUUCUGCGUAAAUGUUCUAUUAACGUGAUACAUGUUUAAAUAUAAUGCCCGACAAUGGGCACUAUUUGUGAUAAUGUAUCUGGCAUGUAACAUUCAUAUACACGUAUAAGCAACACAUAUAACGUGAUUUUGACGAUCAUAUAUAUCAGUAGUCGCUUUGUAUAUGCAUGUACGUUUGUAAUCGAUGCGACUAUUGGAUUGUGAACCUGAUAAUAAAUAAUAAUAUAUAUUUAGAUCAUAUGAGGAAUUAUAUAUAUUGCAGAAGAAAAAAGAACAAAACCGCGCAAUGUGUGAACACACACAAUCCUCUUAAUAUAUAACAAA